AUGAAGCUCGUCACCGUCACCGUCACCGUGGCCCUGGUAUGCCUGAUGCUGGCCGGGAUGUGGCCACACGCUGUGAGCAGCAAGAGCAUGCAUGUGUCUUCCUCCAACUGUUGCUUCUCAUUUGUGGAGAAAAAGAUUUCCCCGAGGAUAAUCCAAUGUUUCAAAAGCACCAGCUCCAUCUGCCCCUACGAAGCCUUCAUAUUCAAGCUGAAGGGAGGCAGAGAGACCUGUGCCUUGAAGACAGUUGGAUGGGUUCAGGAAUACCUGAGAAAAGUGAAACACUGCCUGCCAAAGAAAAUAUGA